UUUAUAUAUGGUUAAUCAAUUAUUAAUUUAUAGGGCAUUCAUAGCAGGUAGUUUAGGAGUUGGCUAUUUCAUCUAUAGGAAGAUGUUGUCAGCAACAAUGGUCAAUCAUAAUUUGUUAUUAAAUUAAACCCAAACAAAUGAUCUAUAUAAUAGAAACUAUGCUUAAGGUGCAAACAAUGCUAUCAUAGCAGGUCACAAUGUUAAUAGACAAGAAGUUAUAAAUGAAAGAAAGAAAGUCUUAAUUAUUGGUGCAGGCAUCAUUGGAAUUGCUUAAUCUUUAAAAUUAUUAUCAGAAGGCUAUAGUGUAAUAUUAGUUGAUAAGGAUUAAGAUAUAGCUUAAUAGGCUAGUUACUAUAAUGGAUGUGUUUAUGUACCUGAAUCUGUGAAAACUAUGAUUAAUCCAGCAAAUAUGUGGACAUUGAUUAAGAAUAUUUUUAAGAAUCCGGAAGACACUACAUUAAGAUUUAAUAUGAAUGCCUUCUUUGAGAAGUAUUUUAUGAUUUGGAGUUUAAAUGCUUUAUUAAAAACUACUUCCAAGUAACUAUGAAUUGAAUAUUAGUUCGAAAGUUCAUUCAUUAGUUGAACAUCAAUUAUAAAUGGGGAGAAUUAAUAUGAUAGAAAUGGAAAAGUUACAAAAGAAUACAAAUAUUUUAGAGGGUUAAUUGACAUGUAAGGAACUCUUAGGUUUCUAUGAUUCAGAAAUAAGCAAAUCAUCAAUGAUGUAAACUUUGGAUAAAUUUAAUAUUAAACAUUCUGAAAAAUAAAAGUUUAAAUCUGGCUAUGGCUAAUUGGUAUCAGAGAAAUUAUAACAUUGUAUUAAGUUUGAUGUUGGAAGCAAUAUAGAUACAAGACAGUUAUCUGAAAGGAUAAUAGAUUAUUGUAUUGAUAAUUUUUCAGGCCGUUUUUAUAUUUCCACUAAUACAAAUGUAAAAGGAUUUGCAUUAGAUCCAAAAGGAUAAAUAAUUGGAGCGAUGACAAGCUAAGGAAUUAUUUUAGCUGAUUAUUUUGUUAUUGCAGGUGCUCAUAAGACUAAAUAUUUAACUGAUAAAUUAGGAAUUAGAGUUCCAAUAAUGCCUGUUAAAGGAUGGGCAUUAGGAAUAAGAGUGCCUAAUGAUACAUUUUUUAAAGAAUACACAUUUUUUACUCCAUAAUAUUUUUCAACAUACAUAAACAAUGAAAUUAGAUUAUCAUGUGGAGCUGAAAUUGGAUCAGAUUUUAGUAAAGAAAUACCAAGUGAAGAAUGGGGAGCAAAAAUGGGAUUGAAGUAUUUUAAUUAAGUAUUAUCUAAUUUAAUUCAUAGCAUUUUGGAUUCAAUAUCAAUAUGGAUGAUUGUUAUGUUAGACAUUGCUAUAGACCUAUAACACCUGAUGAUAUUCCUAUCAUAAGCUAGGUCCCUGUUUUUAAUAAUGUUUUUAUUUCAGCAGGACAUGGAUCAAAAGGAAUGACUUAUUGUUUUGGAUCUGCUGAAAUUUUAUUUCAGAUUUUGAGUGGUAUUAAAGAAUAUCCAGAAUACAAUAUCAAUAGAUUUUACUUAGUUUGA